AACCCGCCGGCGGCGGGUAACAUGAAUCAUCCCAACCGUCUCCAAAUUCCAAAUUCCAAAUUCCAAAUAGGAGGCUGCGGUUAUGAGACGAGCGAACAUGGAGAAGGUGAAAGAGUUCCUGGAACUGAGUGAGGAAGAAUCGGAGAUAGUCUCAAGGCUGAAAAUUCACCCUAACCGAGUCGGCCAUGAGCCGAGUUUCUACGAAGAUUUUGUUUUGCGGGGAAUCCGAGUUGACCGGGUGGAGCCUGGCUUCGUCUCCUGCACUUUCAAGGUCCCUCCUCGACUCACCGAUAGUAGUGGAAACCUAGCUACUGGUGCUGUUGCAAACCUUGUAGAUGAAGUUGGUGGGGCUGUGGUUCAUGUCGACGGUCUUCCCAUGAAUGUUUCAGUGGACAUGUCGAUCUCAUUUCUUGGAACUGCAAAGCUUAAUGAUGAGUUAGAGAUUACCUCGAGGAUUUUGGGACAGAGAGGGGGAUAUUCAGGAACAAUUGUUCUUGUUAAAAUUAAAGCAACUGGAGAGUUAAUUGCAGAAGGCCGGCAUUCAUUGUUUGGCAGACAUGCUAGUAAACUCUAGUUCCAUUCCAUCUUCCUGCAUGAAUUUGAUCUUGCAGAAGCCUCAACGGUGCUGGUGGAACUUGGAAAUUGAACUACUCUUCGUUAAUUAGUUUUCCUGUAUCUAAAAAAGUGUAUUUGGUGACUUUUGAGAUAAAUAAAGAUUCAGCAUGUCA